AUGGUAUUGAUAGGGCAUUUCGUAGAUGGUAAUUGGAGGUUGCAGAAACGAAUUCUAAACUUCUUGUACAUAGCUCCUCCACGCACUGGUUCCCAAAUUGCAGAUUUAAUAUAUAAGUGUCUGAAGGAAUGGGGUAUAGAGAACAAGGUGUACACGAUAUCAAUGGAUAAUGCAUCAAGUAAUGACACAGCAAUCCGGAUUUUAAAGGAGAAUUUGGCAAUUGACAAUAGGCUGCUUUGUGGAGGGAGAUUAUUCCACGUUAGGUGUUGCGCAUACAUCUUGAACCUUAUUGUUCAAGAUGGGCUGUCCCAAAUAAGGUCCAUUAUUGAUGAUGUUCGUGAUAGUGUGGCCUAUGUGAAACAAACAGAGAGCAGGCUUAUUGUUUUUUCAGAGAUAGUGCAAAUGUUGCGUUUGCCCAACCGGAAGUUGAUCCUAGACUGCAAGACAAGGUGGAAUUCCACUUUUGAGAUGUUGUCAAUUGCAGUGAAGUUUAAAAAUGUCUUUGAAAGGUAUAAAGAGAAAGAUCCACAUUAUAAUUGUUGUCUCAGUGUAGAGGAAUUGGUAAAGGUGGAGCAAGUUUGUGAAGUGUUGGGUGUGUUUAGUACCAUUACUAAUGUAAUUUCUAGGAAUGAAUACCCGACUGCAAAUAUAUAUCUCAGUGAGAUUUUUCGGGUUAAGGUUAUGCUAGAUCAGAAGUCAGUGGAUGAAAAUGAUUUUAUUCGACAUAUGGUUACGAAAAUGAAACAGAAAUUUGACAAGUAUUGGGGAGAAUGCAACUUGUUGAUGUGUGUAGUGGUUGUCCUAGAUCCUAGGUGUAAAAUGGCAGUGUUGGACUAUUGUUUACCUAAAAUGUAUGGUGAGAUUGAUGCCCAAGUACAUAAGAGCAAAGUUAAAGAUGUGUAUCAAAUUUACCAAGAGUAUGUUGAUUAUUAUUAA